AUCCACAGUCAGUGCUCUACUGCGCGAUGGGAUGGAAUAAAGAGAAAAAAUCUCGAGUACAUGUAGAUUUCUCGCUUUACUUCUGAACUUCCUUUACAUAUCGGUGCAUGUGAUGGUUCCAGGUAACUCAGUUUGUCGGAGGACGAAGACGCAUUGCCCUACAGCGGUUCUGCAUAGAAGUUUGGAGUGAUGAUGUUCUGAGACAAUUAUCAUUUUCAGUGAGCUGCGAAAAAUACAUCUACUCAAUAAUGCUUAUGUUUCCAAUGAUCUAGAACGUACCUUUGCCAGACAAGUGCAAUGGAGCACGAGGAUGAGCAAGACCUGCAGCAGGCAUUGGCUGCAACCAAGUCUGCUCAAGAUGCACUAGCUAAACGAAGGAGGUCGAACACUCCUGGCUCUGCCCUGAAAUCUCCAAAAGGCGUUGCUGGAUCAUUAAGCCUGACUAGCAUUGGUGGUGAUUUUGAUGACACCGAUUUUGAUGUCCCAUCCGUCACCCUCCCUACACUUGAAGACAUCUUAGCAGAGAAAGACAAUGAUGAUUUUCUUGCUGAUAUUGAUGCUGUUGUGGCUGGUGCUACCACAACCGAUGGAGGUGCUGGAGGUGACACGAGCGGUACUGGGAAGGCCAGUGAAAGUGUGAAUUCUAUGAGUGCAUCGGCGCCUGUCCACCCUUCAUCUGGCAAAAGCAAGACCGGUGCCGCAACAACAACAGUACAUGGCUCAGUAUUGCGAUACAGUAGACUGAAGAAUCUAGCGGCCCAUCUACACUCAGCGUCAUCACGUGUUGAUGCUGGCCUACCCACUGCCAUGGCAGUCUCAUCCAGCUUGGCUGUUGGCACAUCACAUGGCUUAGUUCUGAUGUUCGACCCAUCCCAAGCGCUGAAGCUAGUCCUUGGCAAUGGCCGCCUUGGUCAGCAGCUUGGUCCCGUGUCUGCGUUGGAUUUCAAUGGUGAUAUGACACGUCUGCUUGUUGGUCAUGCCAAGGGAACUCUAACCAUGUGGGACUUGGGUAAUGGGAAAUGUAUUCGUACCAUCACUGAUGCCCAUGUACCUGGUACUCCAGUCUUGCAUGUCCGCUUCCUGGAUGAUCCUACACAGGCCGUGUUUAGCGAUAGUGGCGGGUCAGUCUUUUUGCUCCAGUUCCGACGUGUCAUGGGUGUGCGUACUGCGGAGUCUGAUUGCCUCUUCUCAGGCAGUCGUGGAGAGGUCUGCUGUGUUCAGCCUUUGCUGUUUGGCGAGAAAGGUGCUGGCAAGGUUUUGGCGGAAAUGCGUAUCUUGGCCAUGGCAUCUCUCACCAAAGUCUUCAUCGUCCGUCUUCGUCCUAAGCUGGAAGUGAUGUUCACAUUCUCAUUGAAAGGUGAACUGGGAACUCUGCCUUUGCUUGACUGGCAUCUGCUAUCUGGUGAUAACUCUUCAGUGGGAAAGACUGUGGAGCCCUUGCUGGUGGCAGCGCGUGGAAAUCAGCUCGUCUUCCAUCGCUUGAGACAAGAGGACGGUGAAAGUGGUAAUGUUGCUUUCAUUCCCAUCAAAGGCGGUACAGUGUCCUUCCAGUGUAUCAGUGUAAAGCUGCUCAACAGCGAGGUUGUUGUCAUGCUGGAUACACGUGAACAUAUUCACGUGUUUGACUACAGUGACAUGACGGAGCUGCAAGACAUUGAUCUUGUGGAUGUUCACCUUGCUUAUAGCACCAGUCAUUUCAAGUCUUUGGCUGCAGGUGGAAGUGUUAGCAAGGCACUGGAGGUGGCUAGUCAGCAUUCCUGCUACCAGUCUAUUGCGACGUACCGCGGCCAACUGCUGCUACUCGGCGUGGAUGUUGUACACUGCCUGACCAUUCGCAAAUGGGAUGAGCGCCUAGCCGUGCUGGUUCGCGACAGUCAGUUUCCCGAGGCGUUGGCGCUGGCAAUGACAUUUUACCGCGGCACAGCUAGAGCUAUCAUUGGGCUGAGUAGCCAGGCAGAGGAACGGCGUGAAGUAGUCGCUGGGCAUAUGAUUGACAUUCUCCUGGCCUAUGUGGACCUAUCACUCGCUGUGCACAUUCCCGAUGAUGAUCACAUUGAGGAGCAGGAGAACUUCUACAAGGGCCUUGUGAACAUCUGCAUUGACUACUGUCUGAUACUGGAUGCUACUGAUCUACUGUUCAGUGACCUGUACGAACGGUUUGUGGACUUUGUUAUUGGCCGCGCUUGCUUUCUGGAAUGCUUGGAGCCGUACAUCAUUGGCGAUCACCUGACCUCGCUCAGCCCUGUUGUACUGCGUGACUUCAUCGAACAUUACCAGACUCAGCAAAUGCUCCAGCGUGUGGAGAAUUGCCUUUUGCACUUGGAAGUUCACAACUUGGAUCUUCAUCAGGUGGUUGUGCUGUGUUGGACGUACGGCCUGUAUGAUGCCAUGAUCUAUGUGUACACACGCGGCAUGCACGACUACGCCACCCCGCUUCAAGAGUUGCUACGGCUGCUGCGCUCGGCUCUGAACAGUCAGGACGGUGGCGGGGUCCUGUCAGAUGGUGACCAGGUACUGGGUUACAAACUGCUUGUGUACAUCAGUUGCUGCUUGGCGGGACGCGCCUAUCCAUCCGGUGAGAUUGCAGAUGAUAUCGCUGCGACGGUGCGCUCCACAGUCUUCUCUGUUAUUGUCAAGAAGCAGCUCAAUGAGGCUGAAGCUGAUGACCAAGUGGAGUCCUUCCCACAUCUAAGAACACUGCUGCGGUUUGACACACGGGAGUUUCUGAACGUGCUGUCACUAGCAUUCGAGGAAGACUUCUUCAGCACUGUGUCAUUCCGCGACACAAGUACAGGGCAGGCAGUGCAGCGACCGGGACGUCAACUCGUCGUUGAUUUACUGUUACGUUUGAUGAUGAACUCAAGAGACUUCAGCCCUUCUCAGCUUGGUUCAUUAUUCACUUUCCUUGCUCGCCAAAUGGCCAAACACAACGAUAUCAAGGUGCAGCGGCAGUUGUUUGAGCAGGUGCUAGAGUUCCUGUGCAACCCUGACAGCAGCACGCGCCAUGAAGAGAGACAGCAGGCAAUGCUGGAACUGCUCAGCACUAACAUUGCUGGACAGUUUGAUGCGGAGCAGUUGAUUGUCUUGUGUGAGAGUGCAAGCUUCUUUCAGGUACUCGAGCAGCUGUAUGAACGCCGGCGUGAAUUUGCCAAGGUCUUGUCAUGCUAUUGGCGUGACCCAACUCGUCGUGCCCAAGCCUUCAGUUACAUCCAUCAUGUGAUGCUGGAUGACAGCUUUGUAGAGUUUGAACGUGCCGAGGUGGAGCAGGCUGCUCUCAAGCACAUGCAGGAACUGAUGGAGGCUGAUAGCCUGGCCACUGCCAAGCUCAUGAUCACUGACUUUGCACAUGACUUGGAAGACGUGACGAAUCGCUUGUCUGAGCAUCCGAAGCUGCAGUACGAAUUCUUGCUACAUGUCUUCGGUGGACCUGGCGGUGUGGGUUUGGCUAAGCCGGAGUCGCCUCCACCGCCGCAGGUACAUGAGCAGUACAUUGAACUGAUGUGCAAGUACGACCCAACACUGGUCUACAGCUAUCUGCGCAGCAACGAGAACUACCGCCUGGAGGAAACGCUCAUGAUCUGCCGCAAGCACUUGCUGACGGAUGCAGUGGCUUUUCUACUGGAGCGCACUGGUGACGUGCAAGGCGCUUUCAACCUUCUCUUGAAGUCUCUACGGGCUAAGAUUAGCUUCCUUGACAAGACUGUGGAUGAGUACGACAGUGAUAGUGAGAAUAUUGUACAAGUGGAGACUGUACGAGUGGCUAUCACUGCCAUCAACGGUGUUUUACUGGUCAUCAUUCAGCUCUGUCAGCGCAACAGCGUGCGGCUAGAAGCGGAGCAGAGGCAGGACCUGUGGUUUCCUCUACUCGAAGCCGCCAUGAGUCCCCAGCAGCGGUGGCGCCAUGCCUCUUCAGCGCUGGUUAGCGCUCUGAAAGAGCUAACUUCACAUGUCUUGAACAGCAUGAUGGGCUAUGUUCCGCUACCGGCCAUUCUCAAGCAGAUUCUCAGUGAUCCCAGCACGAGUAGCGGAUCAUUUGGUGAAUUGAAAGACCUGAUGAUGGGCAUGGUGGAGACGUAUUCCUACGAACAGACACUGCUUACGACCACCAACCGCCUACUGGCCGGUGACAUCAACGGGAGCAUCAGCGUUCUGAAGCGAGUCAAGGAGAAAGGUCUUGCACCGCGCAGUGCUGUGUGUAGUGAUUGUGGGCGACGGCUGUGGGAGAGCAACACAGCUGCUGUAGCAGCGGGUCGGUCAUCAUCACCGGCAGUGGCAGCCACAGUUGGCGGGUCAGUGAAAGACAAGGACGAUAUCUAUGUGUUCAGCUGCGGUCACAGCUACCAUCGACUCUGUGUUGUCUCUCGCCAACCUGGUAUUGUUGCCUGCGGUAUUUGCAACAAGAAACUGUCUACGUCUACUUCUCGGCAAGCUGACUGGCAUCGGAUCCGCGAGCCCCCGCGAACCCAUUCUGACUCCACUGUGGCCACACCGGUUAGCGGGGCGGAGAAGCCGCUAGGAGCAAAACCGAAUGCUGCUGGUGCCAGGGAGGAUGGUAAUGCUAGUGCUGGUCUGGUUCAACGUGUUGAUGCUGUAGCCCGUCUACAUUCCUCGUUUCGAACAGGCUCUCGCCUGCAGAUCCUACACAGCCUCAACCGUCACAAUACCAGCAGCACAGUUGGGAGCUCAUCGAGAGGUGGUGCGCCUGCUGCAUCCUCUUCAUCCGACGGCACGGCAGCAGAUCGAUUUCAACUGAACCUUGCUCCUCCACCACUUUAGAAAUGCCUGCUGGACUGCUGCCUGCUGGUGGUGUGCUGCCUGCUGGACUGCUACCUGCUGGACUGCUACCUGCUGGACUGCUACCUGCUGGACUGCUGCCUGCUGGUGGUGUGCUGCCUGCUGGACUGCUACCUGCUGGACUGCUGCAUGUCUGUGUUCUGUAUGGAUCUGGUGUUUGAAUUAAUUUUUCGAUAUUUUGUGAACAUAUUUUCAAGUUUAUUCCGCUGCGCUUCUUUGCUUUUUACUUUUAGCCUGAUUUUUUUUAGUUAGCUCAAACCACAAUCGUCUUUGCCUUUCGAGCAACGUCACAUUGUUCAUGUAUGCGGCAUGAAGUAUUUAGGCGUUUUCGAAUACCAUAUAACUGACAUUUCAGCUGAUCCAAGGAUGCGGUCAUUACUCAUGAAAUUUUAAAAUGCUUACAUGAAAGAACAUGAAAUCUAUACUCGCUAUUCUUGCGCAACUUGCGUCACUUCCUCGCAAACUAUUUUUUUAAUUGUACAUUACACUGUUUAUAUGAGUGUGCCUCGUUACUUUGUCGAGAACUGUCACCGCACACUAGGUACAAUACUGCAUGCUUCAUGUCGUUGAAUAUUUCUUGAUACUACUUACUAGUAUGUGUUUGCGCCCAGUCCUUGUGAACUAUAAUUGCCUGCCAUGUACCGGUAUGCUGAUUUUAGAUUUGAUUCGGGACGGAUGCUCACGAAACUACCGUCCACAAGAACUGUGCAGAAUGCUCCCUUUCAUUUUUUUAUGCCAAUUUCAAUUUGUUCAUGCUGUGUGCAGAUACCUCUAUACAGCACAAUCAUGGGGUAUGGACCGUAUGGUACACGA